GACACGAGUUACAUGACCGAACAAACCGACACGUGACAUAUCUCCUCCCACCAUACUCAUUCGUGUCCUGUCCCAAGCAAACGUGCAUUGUCGUUUUUAAAAACCAUCACCAACGCCGAUUUGAGAAGCUCCGGUUACCAGAAUCCGAUCAGUUUCUCCGAUCAUACCAGGUAGUUGGAUUUCCGAUCGUGAUUGAUUGACUGAUUGAACUGUGGAAUUGGGUUUUGAUAGAUAGAGAGGUGAAAAAUUGGAAAAGAUGAGCGAAAUAUUUGAAGGAUACGAGCGUCAAUACUGCGAGCUCUCUGCUAAUUUAUCCAGAAAAUGCACCGCUGCUCUUGCUCUUGAUAGAGAGCAAAAGAAGCAAAAGAUAUCUGAAAUAAGAGCUGGAUUAGAGGAUGCUGAAUCUUUGAUUCGGAAAAUGGAUAUGGAAGCGAGAAACUUGCAGCCGAAUGUGAAGGCAGUUCUUCUGGCUAAGCUGAGGGAGUAUAAGUCAGAUUUGAACAAUCUGAAAACUGAGGUUAAAAGAAUUGGUUCUGGUAAUCUCAAUGCAGCUGCUCGCGAUGAGCUCUUGGAAGCUGGAAUGGCUAAUUCAUUGACGGCCUCAGCAGAUCAAAGAUCAAGAUUGAUGAUGACAACAGAAAGGCUAAAUCAGUCCGGUGACAGAAUCAAGGAUAGUAGAAGAACUAUGCUUGAAACCGAGGAACUUGGUGUGUCUAUUCUUCAAGAUUUGCAUCAACAGCGACAGUCUCUCUUGCAUGCCCAUGACACGCUUCAUGGAGUGGAUGACAACAUCGGUAAGAGUAAGAGAGUGCUGACUGCCAUGUCAAGGAGGAUCAACAAGAACAAGUGGAUUAUUGGUGCCAUUAUUGCUGUCCUUGUGGUUGUCAUCAGCUUGAUCUUGUACUUCAAACUCAAAUAGCCAAGAUAUCCCUUGUUUCCGACCCGCGUGUUUUAUCAAGACAUGACUUGAUUUUUUGCUUUUCCUUCUUUUGAAUUCGGUUGUGUGUGAUUUUGCAAUCAACUGCUGAUAUGAAUAAAGUUUUUGAUUUAUA